AAAAAGACAAGAAAAACAACACAAAAACAAGACAUCAAAAGCUUCGCCUAAGGAGCCAUGGCUAUAUUAUCGAUAAAACUACCUAUUCACAUACAUCCUUUGUCCCUUUCCUUUCGAUUUCAUGAUCGGUGUGAAGGCUGCAGUUUUCGAAACCAAGGUGAAUACUAUGGAGGCUAUCGAUGUAAUGAUUCUGACUGCAAUCGUGUUCUGUUUCACAAGGAAUGCGCCGAGUCACCACUUGAAAUCAACCACCCUUCUCACCCGGAACAUCCUCUCCGGCUUACAGAGAGGCCUCCAAGAUAUGAAUGUGAUAUAUGCGGCAUUCAUCACUUAGCUGAUGUGCCGUAUUUUUAUCAUUGUUCCAUAUGUGACUUCAACGUCGACACAUCAUGUGCGCGGAAACCACCACCGCCACCUACUCAUGAUUUUCAAGACCUACCAUUUGUCUUUCCAAAGAUAAGUGGAAUAUACAAUUGUUGUGGAGUAUGUGGGCACUCAGUUGUUGCUGGUAAAUAUUAUUAUUCACUACCUUCUCGGGAUCAGUAUGCUCAUUUGGAGUGUAUAUAUCAUGAGAAAAAAGUAAACCUUCCUUUUCACCCUAAUCACCCUCUUGAGCUCACCAUAUCUAAAUCCCUCCCUGAUGAUGCCGAAAAAGCAUGUGUUUUGUGUGGAGUGAGAUCGGAAAUUGUGAUGUAUUACUGCUUAAUAUGUGACUUCAGCAUGUGCCUAAACUGUGUGAGAAGCCCUCCACCUCUUACGGCCAAGUCUCUUAUUUAUGUCUUCAAUGUGAUGUUAUGGUCCAUCGAAGUUGUAUUGGCUUACCGCAUUGAAUCAGUUUCAUGGGGCUUCAUUUGCCCCAAAUAUGUUGUUCAUUCGCAAUGUGCAACAAGUUACAACGUUUGGGAUGGGAUAGAACUUGAAGGGAUACCAGAAGAAGCUGAAGAUCUUCCGUUUAAGGUGGUUGGUGAUAACCUGAUAAAUCAUUUCAGCCACGAGAAACAUAAUCUAAGGCUUACCAAUGAAGACAUUAUUUAUGAUGAAAGUAGCCGAUGUGAAGCAUGCAUCUUUCCUCGCAACUCUGGUUCGAUAUAUUGUUGCGAUCAAUGUACUUUUUUCCUUCAUGAAAAAUGUGCACAUCUGCCUAUGAAGAGACGCCACUUAAUAUACAACAGACCAUUUACCCUACAUGCUAGAGGAAAAGAUCUCCAAAUAGAUUGGUUCUCAUGUGACGCUUGUGGAAAACAAUCGACUGGUUUCAGGUACAUCUCUGAUGAUUUAAUGCUUGAUGUACAUUGCAGUUCCGUUUCCGAACCGUUCGUCCAUGAUGGCCAUGUACAUCCCUUAUAUUACAAAGAAGAAGCCAGUACCAAGUGUGAUUCAUGUCAUAAGCUGUCUUAUAACAUGCUUGGUUGUGAUGUUUGUGACUUUAGUUUGGAUUUUUGUUGUGCAAAUUUGCCAAAGACACUUAAGCACAAAUACGAUAGACAUCCUCUCUCCCUAUGUUAUGGUGAAAAGGCAAGUGGUAAAUAUUGUUGUGAUAUUUGCGAGACGGAAAUGGAUCCAAGUAAGUGGUUCUACACAUGCGAUGAUUGUGUGGUCACAUUCCAUAUUGACUGUGUUUUUGGGGAUUUCUCACGCUUCAUCGCAGGAUCCAUAUUCGAGACUAUAAUAUACACAUUUGAAGUGGUUCCUACCAAAGAUACUACACGACAGCUAUGCUCCCAGUGUCACUCUCGAUGCAAAACACCUUUCAUUCUAAAGGCUCUUAGCCAAACUGAAGAUUAUUGUAUUUGUUCUUUCAAGUGUCUUAGUUCAUAUUUUUCUAAGUUAUGAAUCUCGUGAGAGAACUCUUUUUCACA